CAGGAGAUGAGGCAGUGGAAACUCAGCGAAGUGAAAAGAGACGUCAAGUGGUGUUUACUGGACGAUAACAGAAUCCCAAACGUCUGAAAUUGAAACAAAAUCCCCAUUAACUUGGUGUAAAUGGGGAAAGGAAUGGGAAAAGGCAUCACUGCUGAUGCUGCAGUGGAGAAAUACUUUGCUAACCUGAAAGCAAGCACAUCUUACAUCCUUGGACUUUUAGUUGGACAGGGGGAGUUUGUGGUGCAUGCAGCGAUGACCCCACUAAAGGAGGACAAUCCUGAUGGCCUGAUGAAUGAGGAUGACAAAGACUACAUCCUAGAUCACGCAGAACAUCUGAACCGCAUGGUUCCCGGAGGACUGUCUGUGAUGGGCAUGUUUGUGGUCUCCCCGUCCCAUCAGACCAAAGAGAGCCAUAUGAAAAUGAGGCGGACUAUGGCUGCUGUGGAGAAUCGUGUAUCCGAGGACAGGCUUUGGGGUUUCUCAGAGGAGGACACCAAUGACAGAGUGAUGCUUCAUAUCUGCUCCAACACCAACAAAGUGACUUGCUGGAUUAUGAACAUUAAAGAACCUAGUAAAUCUUCUAAAUCUGCGACAUGGAGUUACCUGCAGUGGAUGACAGCGUUCUGGCCUGUUGCAGUCUGCCCCAUGGACAUCGACCUGAUGUUCCCUAUCAAGGACAAGACCCGCCACGGUCUGAUGCAGGCCAUGAAGGAUGGGAUGAUGAGGUGGGCAAAGAAGACUGAGGCCAGUGUUUGUCUCCUCAACAACAAAAAUCUACCAGCUAAGACAAAUUUGAACCCCCCAACUAAGAGGAACAAUUCACAAAGGAUAAAGAUUCAAGGUCAGAUCUUCAUCCCAGCGAGGUUCAGGUGA